AUCUCCGCUGCCCAGGAACCUAGGGAUGAGCUGCAGGACUGGGGUGCUGGAGGCUACUGGCCAACCCUGGGUCUCUGUACGACCUCACGUGACAUAGCCUUGGUGGCCCAGAAUGAUGCCAGUGUAAAGGAAAAGAAAAGCAGCGCCUCUGUCCUGGACCUUAACCGGUUUCUGUACAAGUAGUCCUGUAGUGAUACAGUAUCAAGAUGAUUUGACAGCAGCACUUUGUUACCUGGCUACAGAUGAGCUUAGUAGGUUCCUGAUACUGACCCCAAGUGGCACCAACGCUGAGCAUAAUGCCAUCCUUGCCUAAUGAGUCUGAUCACCAAGCAACAUGCAGCCUCUCCCUGCACUCCGAUUUGCCUUAUCAGCCUUCUAGUUCUAUUAAGAGGAAAGUCAGAAAAAAGAAGAAAAAUGGAGCAAUUACUGCAAACGUCGUGGGCACCAAGUAUGAAAUUGUUCGUUUGGUGACUGAAGAGAUGAUGUUUACUAAGGCCCGGGAUGAUGAUGAGACAGCAAACCUUAUAUGGAAUGAUUGUGCUGUUCAACAUGAGAAAAUUGCUGAGCUCAGGAAUUAUCAGAGAAUAAAUCAUUUUCCAGGGAUGGGAGAAAUCUGCAGAAAGGAUUGUCUUGCAAGAAAUAUGACUAAAAUGAUCAAGUGUCAACCUCAUGAAUAUAACUUUAUUCCUCGAACCUGGAUAUUUCCUGCUGAAUACACCCAGUUUCAAACAUAUAUUAAAGAACUAAAGAAGAAAAGGAGACAGAAAACUUUCAUAAUUAAGCCUGCUAACGGAGCAAUGGGACAUGGAAUAUCGCUUACCAGAAAUGGAGAAAAACUUCAAGCUCAGGAUCACUUAAUUGUACAGGAAUAUCUUGAAAAACCCUUUCUCCUUGAAAGUUACAAGUUUGAUUUACGGAUUUACAUUCUCGUUACCUCCUGCGACCCUCUUAGAAUAUUUUUAUAUAAUGAUGGGCUUGUUAGAAUGGGCACAGAGAAGUAUCAUCCUCCCUCUGAGUCAAAUCUGAGCCAGUUGUACAUGCAUCUGACAAACUAUUCCGUUAAUAAGCAUAAUGAAAACUUUGAACGUGAUGAAACAGAGAACCGAGGCAGCAAGCGCUCCAUCAAAUGGUUUACAGAAUUCUUACGAGCCAAUGAUUAUGACAUCAGCAAAUUUUGGAACGAUAUUUCUGACCUGGUUGUAAAGACGCUGAUAGUUGCAGAGCCUCAUGUUCUUCAUGCGUAUCGCAUGUGUCGACCUGGGCAGCACCCUACCAGUGAAAGUGUCUGCUUUGAAGUCUUAGGAUUUGACAUCAUUUUGGACAGAAAACUAAAGCCAUGGCUCCUUGAGAUCAAUCGAGCUCCAAGCUUUGGAACAGACCAGAAAAUUGACCACGAUGUUAAAAAGGGUGUUUUGCUAAAUGCUUUGAAGCUUCUCAACAUCAGAGCAAGUGAUAAAAAGAAAAAUUUGGCCAAACAGAAGGCUGAAGCCCAGAAAAGACUUUAUGGUCAGGGCUCCAUGAAGAGGCUGUCGCCAGCAUCUUCUGACUGGGAGAAACAACGCCAUACACUGGAGAGAAGGAAAGAAGAGCUUAAAGAAAGGCUUGCGCAAGUACGAAAACAAAUCUCUAGGGAAGAGUAUGAAAACAGACACUUAGGAAAUUACAGGCGCAUUUACCCACCUGAGGAUAAGCUGUUAUUAGAAAAAUAUGAAGGUCUGCUAGCCACUGCCUUCCAGACAUUCCUUGCUGGCAGAGCUGCCUCCCUUCAGCGAGAGAUGAAUAAUCCUUUGAAAAGAAUGAAGGAAGAAGAUAUUUUAGAUCUGCUGGAGCAGUGUGAGUUAGAUGAUGAGAAGCUGUCGGGAAAACCUACACGGCCAAAGGAGCCAAGGACACUUUCAUCCAUGCCAGAAAGUACACAGACCUUGAAGAAACUAAAGAAUUACAGCAGCCACAGCAGCAGUAACAGCACUGGCAGCAGCUCUGACACAGAGGAGGAGGAAGAUGAAAAAGAGAGGAAAGAGAAAAAAGUUUCAUAUGAUCUUGAAGAACAUAAGUACAAAUCACUGGAAAGGUCUAGUAGAAUACACUGGAAACCUCCUCUUAAAGCAGCUAGACCAUUUUCCAACUCAUCUUCCCCUUCAUCUGCUGCUUCUAUGAGACGCUCUGUAAGCUGCCCACGUUCCAUAACUGCAUUAAAUACACAGUCGCCAACUACUGACCAGCGACCCUUCUCCUCAAGAAUAUCUUCAACUAUCACAAGACCUUUAUCAGGCAACAGAACAAAUUCUUUAAAUCGCAGCUCUUCAUCAAAUAGAGUGCCUCAAUCCGGUACUUCUGGCAGUGUCUAUCCGUCAAUAGUGAGUUCUCUGCCAGUAUUGUAUGUAAUGUGUUAAGAAUAAAUGCAUCUCUUUAAUUACAUUCUAACUUUGCAAUUAAGUAUUCCAAGUGAAAAGAAUGGGGAAGUCAUGCUUGGAGAGAGCCUCAGGUAAAGAUAAAAAUAAAAGCACUUAUUGCACAGUCUAAGGGAGAAUAUUGCUGCAAAUUUGUUUUUGGCAAUACUUGCAAGAGAAUGUCUUGAAUCUGAUCAGGCAUUUUAUAGUAGGGUUUGGGAAAGCGAAAAUAAAAAAAUAGUUUUAUUGUUUUACCGUUCUAAAUGUGCAGUUCACAGCAUGGAUGAUUAGAGCCCAUUGUUGCUCUGUGGGUGCUUUUGUGUUAGCCAUGGCAAUGGGGAGGAAAAUGUACAGAAAGGAAAUGUAGUGUUUUUUAUACUUUGGAUAGCAGCUAUGUAUGUAAAUGAGUAUGCCCCUAUUACAUUUUACUGUGUAUUGGGGUUUAAGACAUUUUCAGGCAAAAUUAAUCCUUCUUAUCUGUCUUGAAAGCGAGCAUCAGUAGCAAUAAAUGUGACUUUAUCGGUAAGCCAAUUCUUCCAAGUUUUUCCAGUAUUCCAUCCAUCAUUCUAAUUAGCGUGUAUCUGUAUUAGUGCUCAGAAGGUUAGUCACUUUUGUGGGGUGAUAAGAUUCCUAUUAUAACAAGAGCUGGUGAAUAUGAGUUUGCUUGUUUGCUUUAUUUAAUGAUAUUUUAUCUUUUCAUGUCUUUGCACUCAAGGUCCUUGCAUUAGUUACAGUUUAAAUGCUUUUUAUGUACUCCAGUAUCAUAUGAGUUAAAUCUGGCGUGAAAACGAAAAACUUUAUUUGGCUCUUUAAAAUAUAUACAUCAUAUAUAGUUUUACAGCUGACAUGGAAUUUAAACCCCAUCAUGCAGCAAGAAUGCAUGAUCAUCUCUCUCUCUCACCAGCUCACCUAAUUCAUUGAACUGCAAAAUGUAGUUUUAGGGAAGCACAAAAAAUAGCUUUGGCAAAUAAUGCUGAUUGCAUGAAAAUGUAUUAUUUUGCUGUCAAAAAUCCAAACUGUCUCUGCUUUAGUGGCAGAUUAAAUAUUUAUUUUGCUAUUUGAUAAUGCGCUAGAAAAGAGGCAUUUUCUGUUGCAUUUAAAUUUAGGAAAAUGUGCUUUUCAUUUAAAGAAAAAAAGUUAAAAGUGCAGAGAUUUUUGCCUUAUAGCUUUUUGUUUUGUUCUGCUGUGCAGAGUGAGUCUAGGUUAGAUCAUUUAACAAAGGAACAAGAAGAGGAGCUCACAAAGCAGACCUUAUAUGCUCUCCGAGACAUGAGAAUCAGGAUUCCAGGAAAAGGAGUGGAAGAAAUAACACAUUCUCAUAUAGAUGAAGUAAGUGUCUGUUACCUUCACUUGCACUGGAAGAACCUGGAAGUCAAACAGCCUUAUGCCUUAAUUCAAAUAAAUGUAAUUAUAUUGUCUUGGUAGUUGCCCUUGAAAUGCACAAUAUGCUCAACGUUUUCUUUGCCAAUUGGAGAUGAAUGCAUGUUAAUGCAUAUUCUACAUUUAGUUUUCAUUCUGUUGUGGAAGUAUUAUGCUUGUUAAGGGCAGUGGCGCACAUAGAACACAUUGACACAGCUUCUUGUAAUGGGUAUCAACAAAGCCUGAUAUGUGAAUGGGAAGCUCUACAGGCCACCUAGUACCUUCAAUUAUCUAUUCAGCACAUAGCUAGUAGACACUUAUUUGAGCACCCAUUCAGGAUGACUUGUGGCAUUUUAAAUUGAAGUAGUGGCUGUGUGAUCUAGUGUACCUAAAUAGAUUGUAGUGUUUCCUAGUUGUUUCUUAGAAAAGAAAAGAGUUUGUUUUAGUUUUGCUGGUUUAUUUAAUAUAAAAAGUCAUAUUAUAUAGAACAGUUAAGGAUGUGCUUCUUAAAAUUCUUUGUACAUGUUCAGUUUCUGCUGCUUUUGUUUUUUGUGAAGAUAAUAAACUGUUUACCUACUUUAUGAUAAAAUGACCUAAUUGUGACCUGUUUUAUGCCUGCAUAACAUACUCAGUUGCAUUGAAUAUCUGUUCUUGCCAGCAAAUGGAUAAAUCUAUACUUUCAGCACUUGAUCACUCUACAGCUUGCAUAGAUUAUAGAUUGGCAAACUGUGGGUUUGCACUUUAGUCAAGUUGUAAAUUUGUGGUAAAUACUUAUUUUCUUUACUAGACUUUAUUGUAACUGAUUGGCUAAAACAAUAAAUAUUUUGUUCAUCUUAAUUUUUAAUAUUGUUAUUGUAUAAGAGAAUCAUAAAAGAAAACAUUAAACCUAAUAUUUUUGUAAAACAACCUAUACAGACCAUGUCUUAGUGACCAAAUACAGAAGUUAAUGUUACCAUCAAACCACCAGAUUUUGAUGUGGGGUGUUUGCAUCAAGUGCUCCUGUAUCACAUGCAUGUGCAUAAUGAGUGAACGGGGAGUCUUGCUUAUUAUGUGCAUGCAUGCUAAAUAACCUGGCUGGCCACACUGGGAGCUCCCUCCCGGUGCAGGCGGCCCAGCACCGGUAGGCACUGUCUUUUUUUAAAAAAAUAUAUAGUUUCCCUCAACCGGCUCUGUAAGCCUGGACCUCUGGUGCAUGAUAGCAUGAUAGGUACCCUUUAAGUUAUAUGCACACAUGAGGCUCUUACUAUGCGACCUCUGCAUUCUAGAUGUGCCAAUAAAGUGGAUACUGAUUCCCCAUGUAGCCAUACACAUAGGAACAAUUCAUAAUAACAGAAAAGUAGGACAAUGCCAAUUUGUCGGAAAAAACAUGGAAAUGACUUCUAGGGUGAAGCAACUCCACUGCACAAGAGCUUGCAGUAUAAUUGCAGUUCAACCAAAAUGAUGUAGGGCUGUACUUAAAUGGAUCUGUUUUCAGCAAGCUGUAUUUGUGAUAUGCAGAUGGAAGGAGGAUCUUCGGAUGAGUUUUUGCUGGGUCUUGAUGAAAAUGUCUACUUUUUGACCUAGUCUUGGAUUUUUACAUAGGUAUUCAUCAAACCAGCCUAAUCUUUGUUAAAUAUGAAUCUAAAUCUUAACAUGUGUAUGUAAAGCUCAGUUGUUCAUAACAGAAUUUCAGCCUCAUUAAGAAUUAAGAUAUUGUUUUUAGCUUUAUGCUUAAGCAUGGGAAGCUCCAAACAAGGAUCUAGGUUUGGCAUGGCUGAAUGCUAAGGGGUUUUCAAGAUCUAAAUCAUGCAAGGAAUGUUUACAUAUACUUGAAUCCCAGACCAUAUUCCUUAAUCAAUACAUCCUUCUUUUUAUCUGUAUAAUGGGCCAGUGGGUUCAAGAACAGAAGCAAGGACACAUAUUUUUCUGAGCAGAUGGCAGGAAAAAAAUCAGAUGUAGAUAAAAGUAGGUCUGUAUUAACAGGAUGCAAGAAUUUUGGCUGUAUUUGAGAGUUAACUAUUUUUAGAAAUUAGAAGUAAUAAAACAGUUGUUUUUCAGGUAAAGCUUGCAUGAAUUGCUUCUAUUUUGAGUAAUGGAGUCAGUAGUAAAGUGUAAGAACACAAAUACAGACAUUCAUGAGAUUGUAUUUGUCUUAAUAUAUUCAGAUAUGCCAGGACUGCUGCAUAAGGCAAUUGUGCUGCUUCUGCAGUUUUAGGCAAAACUGGGACCUUGAUAAUUAAGUUCAAAUGAACCAAAUGGAAUUUCUUCUGAAAAAACAAAGCUGCUUUUAUUACAGUUUGUUACAACUGCCGGUGUUUGAUCCAUGCAGUUCCAUUGUGCAGAAAAUCUUUAGAAACAGCAUGAACAUUAGCAGAGGUUGAUGCACACAAACUUCUCAUUUGGUUGCUACCAUGUUGUACUAACUAUUACUCAGAUUUUUAAGAGCCAUAUACUUUCUAGCAAAAGAUUUACACACAUUUUCCCAUAACCUCUGGCCAUUCUCUAAAGAACUUAAAAAAAAA